UUCAGUCCCGUCACAGCACAGAGCCACAGCAGCGGUGCAGGAGGCUACAUCCUGAACAACGCUACCGCUGGGGAGGACCAGUGAUACAGCAAAACCAAGACCAAAACGAGGACUCAGUGGAAUGGAUUAAACCCUUGUACACCGCUGUUAAGUGAUCGUAGUCGGUUUUACAUCGCUGUGCACCGGAUAAAAGGUUGCUUGUUUACAUUUUCUUUUCUUUGAACAGAUUCAGCAGCUAAAACGACUCGCUAUAGUCUGUGUUUAGCUAGCCGGUGAUGGAGACUGGCAGCUAGCUAGCUGACGUUACUCCUCUGUCAGGCUAGCAUCUAAUAUAAGGCUAACUUACUUAGCAGCUAUUCUGCGUUUAAUACCAGCGGCUGUUACAACAUAGUUUCUCGGCAGAAAGCCCACAAAAUGUUAGCUUGUGUUUAACAAAGGCACAAACGGACAACACUGGUAGUUAGCCGGCGAAUUAACAUUGGCACCAGCUGACGUUAGCUCGCUAGCUACUCAGCAAGCAGCCACUAGCUUCUUUUGCCUCGCUAACUGUCACUGGAGAACACUGGAUCGUGUAUGAGAGGCUGUAAAUAUUGGCACAACUUUGUCUGAUAAUCCAGAACAGCCGGUUCAGAUAUUUAUUUUUUUUGAUCGUGUUGUCUGUUGAUCGUAGUUUAGUCAAAACGGCGCCGUUAACGAACUGCAAGCUUAUCACAUACUGUCAGAGACCAACUACCCCCCGGAUUCUCUCGAAAUGCAUCAUCCGGACCCUGCAGGAGACUCUGGCAGUGUUAGAAAGAUGGCGCACCCGGCUGUCUUUCACAGAAGGGGUAGCAACACGGGCAGCGGGAGCGGCUCCGCGCUGUCAGCGCCGGCAAACCCGGUGGUCAAUAACAGCCACGUCCCCGCCGAUGAUUAUCAGCCCUCCCUGUUGAUUCAGUGCCAACCUCCUGCUGGUUCAUCCUCCCCGGGUCCCCAUCACAUCCCACCCCACAGCCUGAAUCUGCAGCCCCAGCCCACACAGUCGACUGGAGCUCAGAUAAAGAAGAAGAGUGGCUUCCAGAUCACAAGUGUGACUCCAGCACAAAUAUCUGUGAGUACCAACAACAGUAUUGCAGAAGACACAGAGAGCUAUGAUGACCUGGAUGAGUCCCACACAGAGGAUCUCUCUUCUUCAGAAAUCCUGGAUGUGUCCCUCUCCCGGGCUAAUGACAUAGUGGGAGCAGAGAGGAGCUCCUCGGAGGAGACGCUGAAUAAUUUCCAUGACGCAGAGACCCCUGGAGCUGUCUCCCCCAACCAGCCUUCACACCCCCAUGCCCUGAACCAGGCUCAGCAGCAUGGUGGGACCAUGGUGAAUGGGACUGUGCACCAUCACCAUCCAAAUCAUCCUAACCAUGCCCAGGUCUACCCUCUGUCCUCUGGGCCUGGGAGCACCCCAUCUGCCCUCACUUCUGGAGCUUUACCUUGUGUCACCCAGAAAAUGCCUUCUAACAUGGGGGUCCCUCAAGAGAAUGUUUCCCAGGCUGCCCCUCCAAGUAUUGUUGCUCAGCCCGUGGGGGUUGUGGCCCCGGGAUCUGUCCCUGGAAUGCACAGCUCUGCUACGGGCACUACAGUUAGCAUAGUUAAUCCCCAGACCAGCACUGUUAGUAAUGUGAAUAUGUUGAGCUCUGCCAACGUGCCUGUGAGAGGGGGGAUCAGCACGAGUGUUAGCAGUAGCAGUGGUGGCUUUCCUCUCAAUGUGAUAAGCGGUGGUGGGGGGAGUGGAGGUGGAGGUGGAGGUGGUGGUGUUGCAGCUGGGGGUAACCUUAUCACCACCACUAAUGUCAGCAUGAUCCAGCAACCCCAAAACAUCAACUCCAAUAUCGCUAUGACUACUACAACUACUGCUGCUGUUGUCAGUACCUCUGGAGGGAUUGGACUCUCUGGUGGGAUCCAGGGAAGAGUUGGGUCUGCUGUGCCCCCGCCUGUGAGUGCCCCUGUCACAGCUGUGGCCACAGCCUCUGUCCCAUCUGCUCCUGCCCCAACUCCAGCCCCUGCAGUGGCUACCACCAGUUCCCGCUUCAGGGUGGUGAAGCUGGACUCUAGCUCUGAACCCUUUAAGAAGGGCAGAUGGACAUGCACUGAAUUCUAUGACAAGGAGACCCCGGCUUCUGCUCCCAGCUCUGCUGCAUCUGAUACUGGGUCUCUCAGCAUGCGUCAGUUUGUCUCUGAGAGCUUUGCUGGGGCCUCAGAGAGGGAAAGCACAAGUGGUAGUUCUGUGAGUAGCACUAUGAGUACAUUGAGCCAUUAUACUGAGAGUGUGUGCAGUGGAGAGGCUGGGGGACCCCCAGUCCCCCAGCAUGCCCAGGAUUACGCCUCCCCUCCUCAGGGCUUUCAAGGAAUCCUCCCCAGUGGCUUAAGCAUGGGAGUGUCCCAACCUCACAUGCACCCCCAGGAUAUUACCCAUUCACAUUUGAAGACUACUGUGGCCCCCUCGGCUCCCACUAGCAUUCAUCAGCCCGCUCCCAUGCCAGGUCAUCAGACUGCCACUGGACUCCCUACGCAGGCUGUACCCCAGCAGCAGCUCACUUACGCCCAGGCAGUUGCUAAUCAAUCCUCAGGCUCCACACAGGGCUUAGUGGGUGUUCAGCAGCAGCAGGUCGGCUAUGCCACCAUGCCACAGCAACCAUCUGCUACCCCCCAAGCUGCCCAAACGCAGGUGAGGCCACCCGAGUACACCCACCCACACCAAGGUAUCCCCCAGGCUGCAGCUUCUCAACCUCUGCCUAAUCAAGCUGGAUCAGCUCCCUCGGGGUCAGCUAAUGGAGCAUGUCAGAUGAUGGGAGGCCCGCAGCAGUCACAGGCACUCCUUCACUCACAGGCCCAGCAGCCCUCCUCCCUUCAGUCCGCCACCUCCAGUAUGCCCCCUCAUGCUGGAGCACCAGGUCUUGGCCAGCAGCCUCAGAGCCACCCAGGCCAUCUGGACUGCCACCAGCAGAAGCCACAGUCACUCCCAACACAAAUCCAAAACCCCGGCCUGGGCACCCAGCUGCCCACAACAGUCCACCAGAGCCAAGUGUCUGCACCAAGUGUGCCUCCUCCAAACCCUCAGAGUGCUCCCCAGACCCAGCCCCAAGCCCACAACACUGGGAACAGUGGUAGGAUGCCCCAGCAGGGUGUUCCACAGAGCCAACUGUCUUGUGUCAGCAUGUCCCAGGACCACAGCAGCACCCUGGCCCUGGCUCAUGCUGCCCAGGCCAGUGCCCUCUACGCUAGUCUGCCCACCUUCACCACCACUCAGCUGCAGGAUGCCCAGCGGCUGCUCUUCCAGCACCAGUCGGCUUUGUUGGGGCUGCCCAAGCUGUCCGGAGGAGAGGCUGGAUCUGGAUCCAGCACUGGCCAGGGUCAAGAAGCCGAGGUCAACGCCGCUACCGCCAGUGCCUUAACUGCAUCAGCUGGUCUCAAGGCUGUGGAUGGAGAGGAGGAUGGCUGUCGGUUGUCGUAGUGAUGAGGCGUCAUUUGGCUUCUGCCUCACUAAGGAGCUGCACCACCGCACACAAGCCACAGACCAUUGAA